GCCUCGCAUUCGAACGGCGGCGGCGCCGGCCGGGAACAUGGCGGGGCCGCGGGCGCUGCUCCGGCAAUUCCCGCUGCUGCUGCCUCAGAACCGCCGCGGGACCGCCUACGAGGGCUUCGUCACCGCCCAGGGUAGAGAUUUCCACAUCAGGGUAUUGUUACCAGAGGAUUUGCAACUGAAAAAUGCAAGGAUAGAGUGCAGCUGGAGUCUGAAGAAGAUCCUUCAUCGAUAUCAGCAUAUUUUAAAGCAGAGGCUCCACAGCUGCCCAGAUCUUGUCAGUUUUAUGGUGGAGCUGAAAACUGUUUUGGAAAUUGCUUUAAAGAACACACCAGACCUGCACGUCCCCCGGCCGCCGGAAUACUACUCCUGUCUUGUCAGAGAUCUGGAAACGCUGGGCUGGAAUAAAGUCGCUUAUGUGGACACCGGGCUUACCACGGUCAAGUUAAAGGCUGAAGACUCUCGUGGUCGACAGCAUCUCAUCACUCUCAAGUUAAAUGCAAAGUAUCCCACAGAAGCACCAGACUGCCUUGUGGAUUUCCCUGUUCAGUUUGCCAUUUCCUGGAUGCCACAGAACUCCUUACUCGACAUUUACAAGCAGUUCCUGGCAGCACUGGAGUCACUGAAGGGAUUCUGGGACACCCUGGAUGAGAUCGAUGGCAAGACGUGGGUGCUGGAGCCGGAGAACCCCCCCCGGAGCGCCACGGCCAGGAGGAUUGCCAUCGGCAACAACGUGUCUGUGAACGUGGAGGUAGAUCCUCGCCACCCAAGCAUGCUUCCAGAGUGUUAUUUCCUCGGAGCAGAUCACGCGGUGGCCCCUCUGAGAGCGAAGCUCAACAACAACAUGCACUUGUGGGAUCCAGAAAUCAGUUUGUUACAAAACUUGAAAGACCUCCUAGAAAUUGAUUUUCCAUCUCGUGCGGUGUUGGAAAAAAGCGACUUUGCCAAGGACUGUGGGAUCUGCUAUGCCUAUCGCCUCGACGGUGCCACUCCCGACCACGUGUGUGACGAGCCCCGCUGUGGACAACCCUUCCACCAGGCCUGUCUCUAUGAGUGGCUACAAGGCCUUCCUACCAGCAGGCAGAGUUUUAAUGUCAUCUUUGGCGAAUGUCCCUACUGCAACAAGCCCCUGACGCUGAAAUGUUCAACGAAGAAACUCUGAGGAAAAACCGUGAGGUGGGAACAGCACUGCACUUACACUGGAGCCACCAAAGCAGCAGCAUCACAGCAGAUACAAGGACAGCACAAUGAGCAGCAGGAGCACCAGGACAGCUGCAGUGUAGGGGUACGUUUGGUCAGUAAAGGCCAACCUAAACACAAGAGCCAUGGAAGGGCGAGUGCUCUCAGGGCCAGCCUGGGAUGGCACUGCGUGAACCGCACUGAGCAGGUGAUCGUAUUUCUUUCUGGAGUCUGAGAAUAUCCUGUAGGGGUCAAACGGUGGCACAUCUCUUACAGUGUCUCUCUGCAGAGGAAAAGAAGAGUAAUAAUAAAGUUGUUCAUAUUUUAAGUGAGAUGUGAAUCAGAAAAAACUCUGGGGUAUUUAAGUUUUCCACGAGAAAGCAACACAAUUCUUACAGACUCUUACCUCUGGAAUUGGUGAUGUAUGGAUAUUGUACAGUAAGUGUGUAACAUAAGGUAUGGGGAAAGAUACAUAGUCUAUAUUUACUAUUCAGGUCCACAGCUGAAAUUUUUCUGUCUUUAACUUGUUUCCAAAAAAGUUUAAUAUAUUCAGUCUUCCUUGGUUUGGGGCUAAUAAAGGUUUACCCUGGGAACCUGA